GUUUAUUCCCACGCGUUUUGCGGCUCCUUUCUGCGCAUGCUCAGGAAUAAGUCCGGGCUCCAAAUUUAAAGUUAACGGCUGGCUAUUAAUUGGCUGGGGUGCGGUACUCGGUGUCUGAUUGGUGGGUAUCGAGUCGCGUCACCAGGUAGGACUGGGAAAGGGACGGGAGAGACAGUUGCCGCCGGCUUCCCUCACAGUUCUCCCUCUGGUCCGAUCACAGGCUAGUUAAGCCGUGAACGCAACAGUGAGAAGAAUUAUAGUGUGUUGUUUUGUUAGCGUUACCAUGUCUGGACGCGGGAAAGGUGGAAAGGGCCUAGGAAAAGGCGGUGCUAAGAGGCACCGGAAGGUCCUGCGGGAUAACAUCCAGGGCAUUACCAAGCCUGCGAUCCGCCGUCUGGCUCGCCGCGGCGGGGUGAAGCGCAUCUCGGGGCUGAUCUACGAAGAGACCCGCGGGGUGCUGAAAGUUUUCCUGGAGAACGUGAUCCGCGAUGCGGUGACCUACACCGAGCACGCCAAGCGUAAGACGGUGACAGCCAUGGACGUGGUCUACGCUUUGAAACGCCAGGGGCGCACCCUGUACGGCUUCGGGGGCUGAUUUCCCCCUGGGACCGAGCCGAAAAAAAUAUUCAACCCAAAGGCCCUUUUAAGGGCCACUUACUCCUGCAUAAAAAGAGUUGGUCUUGUGUAUUUGACAGGGAUAUUAACAUUGUGCUUAAAUCUGGUCUGGAC